AUGUCAACCCAACUUGGCACCCAGAAACGCCUGUUGACAACUUUUACCAACAAGCUUGAACAUAUCGUUUCGAGAUUGAAGGAGAAGAAGCUAGAGGAAAUCCCAAUAGAUCCCCAGGCACCGCGCAGUAUAGUAAAAGAAAAUGCCAGUAGGUUAGAAGAGGGUAUUAGCGUAAUUAACUCGGCUACCGUCAAAGUAAAGAAGGUUCUCAGCGACUUUGCAUCAAUACUUGAUAGGUUGGAGCAACCCUCUGAGAAAGAACAAGAAGAUUUUGAACUAUAUCUAUGCAAAUCCGAAUCAGCGCUAUCUUGCACCUUCGACCUUAUGGUAUUGAUGCAAGCGCGACUACAAGCACUAAUUUCCUGCGUAGAUACAGCUCAAUCAUAUUUAGCUACUCCUCAUGAUGUAACCAGCUCUUCGUUAGCAAUGAAUCAUCUAAAGAUGAAGCCAGGUGAGCUUCCUCUUCUCCUCAUCCCGACCUUUGGGGGUAACAUAUGGGAAUGGGAUAACUUCUGGGAAUUAUUCAAUAACAAUAUACACUCCCAGCAGUUACCGGAAAUGGUAAAAUAUAACUACUUACUCAAUGCUUUGAAAGGGGAAGCUAGGGACGGUAUAAGAAAGUUCCAGGUCACUAAGGAUAACUACUCCAAGACCAUAAACUUCCUACUUGUGAAAUACAAUAACAGGGAAGCCCUAAUUAACCAGUUGGUAGAAAGACUGGAUAAGUCGGUAUUACGAAGUCCAUCAAUAAAGGACCAACGUCAUCUUCUCAAACAACUACAAGUGAUUGUAGCCCAGUUGACUGAAAAGGGAGAAGAGGUCAAUAGCCCAUGGCUAAUAAAAAAGGUGUUAGCCAAAUUUCCCAAUUCGGUCAAGCGGAAAGUGAUUACCAAAAAGCAAGGACUUUCCGCAGACGUUCCGUUUACAAUGCAACAUCUUUUUAAGUUCAUAGAUGAAAUAUUGUCCACGGAAGAAAUGUUCCUAUCCUUUUCCGAGAAAAGUCCUCCAAUGCAACAGAGGCAAGUGAACAAUAAUAUUAGACCGCACUUGAUGACUAAAUGCUGCAUGUACUGCAAGAACAACCAUCCCUCGCAUUCAUGCACACAGUAUUCUACUCCCCAGGAUCGUUCCGCAUACUUGCGUAAGGAACAACCUUGCAUGAUAUGCGCGCCUCCUAAGCAAAAGACGACUGAGUGUAAAGGUCGUCUUGCUUCAACUGUAAAGGGUUACAUCAUACGUCAUGUUGUUUCAAGAACAACACUGAAUCAAGGCCGUCACAAUAUAAGGGCAAUAACCCAACUAACAUUGCAAGACCACAAGAAAAAGUGA